GCUUGGACACAUACUGGUCUGGCACAGCCCCCAUCUGCAUGGGGGGCUGCAGAGGGAAACACAAGGAGCUGAAGAGGAGCCAGUGUGGGACUGGCAGCUGCUGCUGGCUGGGAUACAAAUCCUUCUGCCGAGUGAACUGCGGGCGGCCAGAGGCAGACUUCAAUUCCAUGGUCUAUGGCAACGACUGGUGGGUGGGCUCUGUGGUGCGCUACGGCUGCCGGCCCGGCUUCCUGCUGGUGGGGGACCCGGCCAGUGCUUGCCAGUCUGAUGGCCACUGGACACCUAAACCCACCUGCCUCCGGAUAUGCCUCCGGGGCCGGAUUGAGAUUAACGAGCGGGACAUCGACGGCAGCUGCUCCUCCACCUGCACGGACAAGGCUCACCUCGGGGCCUUCCUCAACCACGGCUGCAUCAAGAUCUCCAACUGCGUCACCAAGCAGUGGGGCUGGACCCGCUGGUUCACACGCUGCGACUUCUGCGAGUGCGACUGCUACGUCCCCUGCUCUUCCUCCGGGUAGAGAUCUGGGGCGGAUGGAUUCGUGGGGAGCUGUUCUGCUGUGAAGGGGAGCUCCAUCCCAGGAGGGGCAGCAGCCAGCCUGAUGCUCACGGCGCAAUAGGCUACCAUACUGUGCCUCUCUCCCCAUCAGGCCAGACUCCUCCAUCCGUCUGUUCCUAUCACACUCUUGGCAAUGUGCUUGUGGAAGUGCAUGGUUGUGUCUGUCUCCUGGGCUGGAACCAUUUGCCAGCCUGUCUUGUUGGGGUGCAGCAUCUGCAGAGGAAAGGACUGUCUCCCACAUAACUUAACCCUUUGCACCCUGCUUUGUUCCGAACAAGCGCAUGGGUAUAUACAGUCAUCUCCCUACUCUGCAGCGGGUUACACUGUGGGAGCAAGAGACCAGUGUUCCAAGAACAGGAAUGGGAGCCAAGGACUGCAGACUUGUAUUCCCUCCUCUGAGACCUUAGGCAAAGGAUGACACCGAUCUCUGCCUCAGUUUCCCCAUCUGCUUAAUGGGGAUGAAUAAUACCCGCCACUGGGUGUGGGGGCAUGUGGGGGUUCACUGUCUGUAACACCCUUUGAAUGAGGAACGUCAUUAUUUCAGCACCACCAUUGUUGCAGCCUCCCCUGCUGCCUCUGGCCAGACCUGGAGUCUGCGUGAGCCGGUUCCAUUGGCAGCAGGUGCAGUGAACCAAACCACCUGGCCAAAAGGGACUGCCCCUCCCUCCCACCUGCAUGCCUGCCCUGGCGAGUCUCAGGCCCUCUCAAGGCAGAGGGGCAUGAGCGGGGAGCAGAGGCCUUCAGCUUAAAGGAGCUUUAGUCAGGGGCCAGCUGUAGAAAAAGGGGAAUUGUUCUGCAAGGGCCCCCUUUAGCAGGGGGAAUGCACCACCCACAGUGAGAGGGGAGAGGGAGCAGCUGUUCUAGCUGGGGGAGAGGGUUGGUCCUGCCCUAAUGUGGGAUUAGGCACCAGUUUCCUCUUCUGACGCAGGGGGAUGGAAGGCAGUUGAAGGGAAUCCCCUUCCUUGCCUGCUUUGCUGUGGUGCCAUGCUACUCCCUGGCACCCAGCAACCUCUGUCAAAUGCUCUCCCUCGCCUAGCAAGUGGGGAGGGUCUGUGGGACACGAAAGGAUCAGCCAGUGGAGUUUUCCCUCCUGGCCACAUGUGAGGUAGGCAUGGGGAAGGUGAGGAUUAAAUGCUGUGUAUGGCAAAUGCUGCUUCUGCCCUAGGGGCUUUCUCUCUGCCCACUGGCUCCAAGCCUGUGACCAUCGCGCCAAUAAAUCUGUCUA